UUUGCUGGACCCAAAAACCCUAGCUGUUGCUCGGUACUUGCUUUACUUCACUCAUCGUCCUGUUUCCCUCUCUCCAUGAAAAACCUCUGUUUCUGUGGUAUUAUUAUAUACUAGGCCUAGAGAGAGAUAGGUUUAUACGGUCGAACAAUGGCGUGUAUGGCAAUAUUGACGAGAUCGCGGGCAUUUCUGAGAACCGUAAACCACGACUCAAUCAAAUCCAUCACAACCUUCGCGUAUCUCUCUCAGGAGCCCCAGCUCGCCGAGGCGUCGCCGCCGCCAUCGGCGGAGGAAGCCCCGCUGCCGCCAAACCCGGCGUCCGGCAGCCCAAUGUACAACGAGAACUGGCGGAGCGCAUUCCCUACUUCGCCCGCUGCUAUGGCGGCUCAGGCGCUCUUUCCCAUGAGCCUAGGGUUGAUCAACCAGUCGCCGGCGGCCCGUAUACAAGCGCUCUCUCAAACUCUGGACGGGCCUGCGCUCAUGAAUGUUUUCGCGGAUUGGAUGACGUCGCAGCGCUGGGCGGACAUGAAGAAGCUCUUCGAGUUCUGGAUUCGGUCGCUUGAUAAGAACGGGAAGCCCAACAAGCCCGAUGUCAACUUGUAUAAUCAUUAUCUAAGGGCCAAUGUUAUGAUGGGGGCGUCCGCCGGGGAGUUGCUGGAUCUGGUGGCGCAAAUGGAGGACUAUUCUAUUACGCCCAACACUGCUUCGUUUAAUUUGGUCCUGAAGGCUAUGCACCAGGCAAGAGAGACGGAGGCCGCUCAGAAAUUGCUCCAACGGAUGUUGCAGGCAGGAAAAGAAUCUCUACCUGAUGAUGAGUCAUAUGACUUGGUUAUUGGCAUGCUGUUUUUGACGGAUCAGAUUGAUUCGGCCCUAAAAUACAUUGAUUUGGCUUUAAAAUCAGGAUAUAUGUUAUCAGUGAAUGUGUUCAAGGAAUGCGUACAAAGCUGUAUUAACAAGGGGAGACUGGAUACAUUAAUAUCUAUUAUUGAAAGGUGCAAGAAAAUGGAUCAGAACAAAGCCCUUUGUCCUCCCUGGAACCUGUGCUACUAUAUUGCAGAUGUUGCUAUUCAGGAGGACAAUGGUGAGUUAGCUUAUUAUGCCCUAGAAUUCAUGGCCAGAUGGAUUGCACGUGGUGAGAAUUCAAGGCCACCAGUUCUGCUGUCUGUAGAUGAAGGACUAGUUGUAUCUGCACUAGGAAGUGCUGGUAGGACUUACAAUACUAUACUCCUUGAUGGAGCAUGGGCUAUUCUCAAGCGCUCAUUGCGCCAAAAGAAGGUUCCAAACCCAGAGUCUUACCUUGCAAGGAUAUAUGCUCAAGCUUCGUUGGGGAACCUACAGAAGGCUUUCAGUACUCUGCAUGAGUUUGAGACUGCUUAUGGGAAUUCUACUAAAGAAGCUGAAGAAGAUCUAUUCUCUCCAUUUACCUCUUUAUAUCCACUGGUGUUAGGGUGCUCCAAGAAUGGCUUCGUGACUUUGGAUUCAGUAUACUAUCAACUGGAGAAUCUUGCUCAGGCUGAUCCUCCUUACAGGUCUGUGGCUGCACUAAAUUGUAUAAUUUUAGGUUGUGCAAACACAUGGGAUGUUGAUCGGGCAUACCAGACUUUUGAAGCAAUUGGAGUCAGCUUCGGGUUGACCCCUAACAUUCACUCAUACAAUGCUCUGAUUUAUGCAUUUGGGAAGCUCAAUAAGACAUCUGAAGCUUCACGUGUGUUUGAGCAUUUGGUCAGUAAGGGCGUGAAACCAAAUGCAACCACAUAUUCUUUGCUUGUUGACAGUCAUCUAAUUGGACGAGAUCCAAAAGUUGCUCUCUCUGUCAUUGAUCAGAUGGUAAAUGAAGGAUUUGAGCCAUCAAGGGAAAUGUUGAAGAAGGUUAGAAGACGAUGCAAGCGGGAGAUGGACUACAUGAGCGAUGACCAAGUCGAGUCGUGGGCCAAACGGUUCAACAUCCGAAUGGGUAGAGAGACUCGGAGGGACUUGCUGUUCAAUCUCGAGUACAGCACUGACUAUGCAUCGUAAGUAUGUGCUGAUGCACUGCAGGAGGUAUUUCCAUGAUAAGCAUACACUACUAGGAGGAACACGCCUUGCUGCUUGUCUUGUAAUCAUUAGCCAGCGGCAAGAAUGUCUCCGGACUAAAAGCGAUGUUUUGUCGCUUGUCUGGGAUAGGGAGUGAAAUUCAAUUUAGCAUUUGGUAGUUUUUGUAUUCUAUUUUCCAUCGGAUGCAUAAACUUCUUGUCGUUUUCAAUCAUCAUUGUGCAUGAGAUCAUAAUCAGCCAUGUCGCCGUUGAUGGAAAAAUUUGCCACAAGAUGUUUGCCAAUCAUAUGGCUGUAAGUCGUGUUAUUAUUCUUCUCUAGGGUUAACUUCUCAUGAGUCUGCAUGACCCUUCAAGUAGGUUUUCUUUCACUGGGCUUACUGUACUUUGUACAUUUUCAUGUUUUGUGCUACACCAUUCACAGUUUACCAAGAAAAUGUCACAGGUGUUGCGAAUA